AUGAUUCAGAUAAGAGCCAAGAAGGGGCGACCUUCUAAACAGCUUCCUCCUCUUUCAUGUAAUCCUGGCCCGAAAUCAUCCUCCCUCAUCAUACCAUCUGCUGCCAAUGUUGCUUCAAGCGAAGACCUUCUAUUUCAAAUCCUCUUGCAUGUCCCCUUAAAGCCACUUACUAGCUUCAAAUCAGUUUCCAAACACUGGUUAUCUCUCAUUACUAGUCCACAUUUUGUCCGUCUUCGUGGCACUUUCUAUCCCUCCCCCUCUUCCCUCUUCUUCCGCGUCCCCUGCCCAUGGAGAAGCAGAACUACCCCAGAGUACCGGUUCAUUUCUCUUGACGUUGCUGGUGAAUGCCUGAUCCCCUUCAAGACUCUUGAUUUUAUUCCUGAGUAUUGUUCAGCUAGAGAAAUAUAUGUAUACGAGUCGUGCAAUGGCCUGCUGCUAUGUUCUCUUCAAGCACCUCAAAAAGAAAAAGUCUUUUGUGUGUACAAUCCCACCACCAAUGAAUUGGCUACCCUUCCUCCAAUUAGUCUUGAACAUAUUGUACACGCUUCUCGUAUGAGUUUAGCAUUUGAUCCUGCAAAGUCACCUUACUACAAAGUUGUGUGUCUUGGACGUCGUCCAAUUUUUCCUGAAACUUUUCAGAUUAUGAUUUAUUCCUCCGAGACUAGGUUGUGGAAAAUGUCUGGUCAACCUUUUAUGCCACCAGAGUUCUCUAAUUUCUCUGAAUGUGUAUAUUGGAACGGUUCUCUUCACUGGUGGGAUAGUUACUAUAACCAGAGUCUUUGGGAACACGAACCAUAUGCUUUGUACUUUAAGGUUGAAGAAGAAAAACUAGAAGAGCUGCCAAUGCCUAAGAAUCAUACUGAAAUGGGGUACUGGCAAGAUCAGCAAUGCCAAUACCCUUGCUUUUGUGCCGGUUGUGCUGAUUAUUCUUAUUUUGGAGAGUCUGCAGACAGUUUGUACUUCAUUUCAGUCAAUCCUGAUUACGUGUUAAUUGUGUAUGAGCUGGAAAGAGAUUACUUGGGGUGGUUUGUGAAGUAUCAAGUUGAUCUAUCUGCCAUUCCUAGAAAAUUUCCCGAGAUAAAUCAGUACAACAAAUACUGUGCUCAUGCCUUUGCUAUACUUUCACUUGUGUGGAGAGGAAAAGAAGAGAAAGCUGGAUCAUUCGUGAUUUUGCAGAUACGUUAUAAGAUUAUCCGUUACAACCUCGUGGAUCAAAGUAUGGAGAUGCUGUAUGAAUUGUCUCCAACUGGCUACUUAAAUGACGAAUAUGAUUUGAAUUCUGUACUUCUUCUACCGUACAUUAAGUCUCUUGCUUCCGUUUGA